GUUUUGAAGUGGCUGAUGAGAGAGCCUCUCUUUCCGUUGUGGCCAGAAAAGCUUCGAAGAAACCUAUUCGUGCUCUUUCUUUUCGUAAACAAAGAUCGUGGUUUGGGGAAUUUCAAUUGAUGAGAUGGGUAAUUCCAAAUUCCUUUUACAAUUUUACAUCAGAGCAGAGUCAUUAAGGAAAGACUUUGGUCUUUCAAAUAAAAUUUAAUGGCUAUUAGGUGUGUGGAGCUUACUGACAGACUUCUUGAAGUUCCACUCGAUCAUGCUGAUUUUUGGGUUGAGGUGUACAACUUACCGUUAGGAUAUAUGACGAAAGGGGAAGUCUGAAGGAUUGUCAACAGCAUUGGGUUGUUUGUGCAAGUGGAUGAAGGCUCUCUUGGUGGGAAGCAAGGGUUGGUUCUAUGUAUUAAAAUCACUAUCAAUAUCAAUGUGACUCUGACCAGGCGCCUGCAAGUCCGGUUGGAGGGCAAUAAAUGGAUAUGGCAAACUUUCUAUAUGAGAGAUUUUCAUACUUCUACUUUUUGUGUGAGCUCCUUGAUCAUGCAAAUUUUAUGUGUGACAAACUUUAUGUCAUUCUAACUGACACAGCGUCCCUUGGAUUGGUGAGGAACCUUACAGACUAUGGUUACGGGUUAAUACGGGGCGGGGACGCGGGGUGGUGCACAUCCAGCAACAGGUGGCUAAUACCUAGUAAUAGUGGGUCAGGGGACAAAAUAAAUGUUGGGGUGGCCUCAGAGAGAGUUCCAAUUGAGCAUGAAAGCUACGUAGUGAAAGGUCUUCUCUCGAAGGAUAAGGAAGUGAAUGCUAUUCAGGAACAAUCAAGAAAAUGCAGGGUCAUUGAGUUGGUUAGCGAGGAGUGGUUCCAAGUAAGUAUGGAUGUGGAUGAAGCAAAUCCAAAAAAAUUGCAAGUGACGGUGUUGUUUGGAGAGCACCAUAAGUAAUCGGUGAUUUUGGUGGUAUAUAGGAAUAGGAGGAAUUUUUGGCGAGGCUGGUCAAACCGCUGUCUCCUUGCAAGAGGUAGGAAAAACUUAAUAAUGUCCUUUUAUUUUUUUAUUGUCUCGGAACUCUGUUAUCUUUUAUGUUUUCCCUUUUAGUAGCAGAUGCAACAUUGGUGUUAAUGGAAUCUAUCAUAUUGCGGGUUAAUGAAUUGGACUGUUGUUAGACAUGAUUCUUGCUCUGAAGCUCAUUCCAGUGUAAUCUUUGAUAUGACGACUUUGUAUCUACUUCUGAUUUUGAAUUUUUUCCCGAAAUUAUUUUUGACGCUGCAUUAUUUUGAGUGUUAUUUAUUUAAUUAGUAUUAUUCCGAGGAAAAACUCAUUGAUUUUUAAUAAUAUUCAAGUUUUUUUUUUUAAAAAAACGAUCGUUCGUAUUCAUUUAUUAUGCAUAUUGAAUGAGCGACUAAUUCUACUAUAAUCCAUCUUUCCUCUUAUUCCAAAAUUAAUUCUACUAUAAUCCAUCUUUCAUCUUAUUGAACGACUUAGUUCUUGUCUCUUAAUUAAUAACCACUUGUUACACAUCAUUUAUCUUUAUUAUGGAGUAUUUUA